AUGGUUAGUAAGUGGGUUGGCGAUGCGUUUGGGAAAGAGGGCAUUUACGAUGGAUGGAUUCGUAUCAACGAAUAUCCAUUCUUAGAUAGCAAGGAAGAGUAUGUGUAUAACACGCUGGCCUCGGAUGUAAUGACAUUCGUAGAGGAUUUGGUGAUAAUCACGGCCACUGGGCAUACAUUGGAUGGUUUAGGUAGAGUAGCAACAUUUAAGGCAUCUAGUGAAUAUGACGGAUGCGGAUUGGUAUUUUCUGACGUUACCAUUUUAUUAUUUCAAGAGGAAUUACUCAAUGAAACAGAUUAUAAAGGAUUUCCUGUGGGUCUUCGCUAUGUCUUGGUCACCAAAAACGGACAACUUCUAGGCUUGAUUACUAAAAAAGAUGUCUUACGCCAUCUCGCCGCCAUAAAUCAUCCGGGAAGUCUGAUGAACCGAGUAUAUUCUCAAGAGGUGCAAAAUCUAAUGAUCCUGCCAGAAAGGCGGAGGUCAAGUUUCACCCGAGAUUUCGGAACUGACUAA